AUGGGAGUGUUGAGUGAGGACAGGGAGAAUGGAGGAGGGAGAGGACUUGGGGUUUUGUUGGGGGGUAGUAGUAGAGGGUUGGACAUUGUAGAGUUUGGUCAUUUGGGGAAUUCAGCGGAUGGAGGUUUCGGCGUGAUUGAUGGGACUGAGAAUGGGGUGCUAGGUUUAGGGUUUGAUUAUGAAGGAGAAGAGCAAGAUGAGCAUCAUUACAACGGCAAUGGCCGGGUUAGGGAGGAUAUGGAUGAAGGUUUCAUUAAUGAAGAAGUGGAAGUGACUGCUCCCAAUAAUAAUACGAAGAGAAAUAAGAGGAAGAAGAAGGCAUUGAAGGGAUUGGAGAAGAGGCUGUUCAGUUUCCUUUCAACCCAAGUAGGGAAAUUGAGAGAGAUCGAGUCUAGGUUUGAACAACGGGAGGUGGAGAGGGAUCGGGAGAGGCAACAAAGAGAUAUUGCACAAAUGGAAAGGCAGCAAGAGCUGGAAAGGAAGUUGGAAGAGAGGGAGAAAGAGAGAGAAGAGAAGGAUAAAAGUAGGGAAAACUUAAGAAGACAGAGAAUUCAAGAAUGGGAAGCAAUGGAGAAAGAAAGUGAAGAGAGGGAUAGAAGGAGAAGAGAUGAGGAGGUUCUUGAAGAGAGGGAGUGGGAGGAAAGGAUGACCAGGAGGGGGUUGGAAUGGAAGAAGAAGAACGAUGGGAUGUUAAACCAGCACAGAGAAGAAAUGGGGCAGCUUCAGAGUCGGCUUCUCCACGAACAGCAGAAUCUCACGAGCCAGUUGCUGGGGAUCGUUGCACAUUGGGGUGGUCACCCAGCCGGACUCUCAGAUCACACGACGAGUGCUAACAAUCAUUACCUUUCCCACAUUAUGCAGAACCUGCACCAUGUGAACGGUAUGGUUCAUGGGGACACCAGAGUAGAUGAAGAUGCUCAAGAUGUCAUGGGGACACCAGAGUAG